AUGGCGAAGGUAGCAACCGACUUUGAGAAGAUCAUCCAACAAGGACGAGAGAGGAAGAAGAACGAGGCGCUGGCACAGAAGAUCUUCUCCAAGGACAGAAGGCAGAGCGCGCCUUCCAAGCUCAAGCCCGGUGCGGGACCGUCACUGGCGAGCCGAGUCGGUAUCACGAAGAAGCCCCGCACCGCAUCCCUUGGCCCCAAGCCCCUUCCUGCUGGCAACAUCGACGGCGACUGGACACACGACCUCCACGGAACGGUAAACAAUGGUGGCGGUAGAGGAGGACGGAACAACAACGGCAACAGCGCCGGUGCAGGCGGCCUCGCGUCGCGCAUUUCUGCGCCGGGAGGAGGCAGGUCCGCGCCCGGCGCGGCUUCAAACGGCGGCAAUAACAACAAUAGACGAGCUGACCGACGCGCCGAGCAGAAGGCGGCGAGAGUGGCUGCCGCAAUUGAGCGCUCGGGCGCCAUGGCCGACGUCCAGAUGACUUCUGUCGCGAACGUGGUGCCUACGGGACCGGCGAUUAGGCAGGGCCUCUCUAUCAGAGGGCUGGCGGGUCCGUUCGCGGUGAUGGCGCAGAACUUUGCGCCGGGGACGACGGCGGCGGAUAUCGAGAGCGCGAUGACGCCUGUGGGCGGGGAGAUGCUGAGCUGUCGGAUCAUCAAGACGACGCCUCUGAUUCUGGCGGAGAUGGUGUUUGCGACGAAGGAGGGAGGUGAUGCGGUCAUUUCCACGUUUAAUAACCAGACGGCCGACGGACGCAUCAUCAAAGUCUACCCCAAGCCCGGCGGCUACAAGGAACCCUCUGCCCGCCCCACCAACACUCGUUCAACCUCGAGCAACUUUGUCGACGGCAUGAACGGAUUCCCCGAGACCAUGGAGGAAAACAAUGGCGGCCUGUACAGUGAUGACCUCGUUCGCAAUGUCGGCGGGAACGGUAACAAUCAUAACAGCAGCAGCGGCAACAACAACAACAACAACCGUAGAGGACGUAACUUGAACCGUGGCGGCAGACGAUGA